UCUUCUUCCUCAUUUCUUCAUUAACUUUUUUUCCAGAUUUUUUUCUUUCCAAAAACUUAAACCCAUUCUCUGUAAUUGAAACUUAAAUUCACAAAAAAUUCAAACCUUAGAUUUACAACAUCACAAAAAAAUCAGUAAUUAAAAUAUCUGAAAAAUGAAAUCUGAGUUCCAUCAAGUCACCACAACACAGAAGAAAGAAUAAUUCUUCCUAAUCUCUUUAACCCCUUUAAAUCCCCCAUUAACCCCUCAAUCAACCACAAACGCCGCAAACUCAACCACCACUGUUGCGGCGACGACGACGACAACAACCACCACCGCCGCCGUUAAUCCUCCAACCAAACCGCACCUCAAUUGUUGUGACUAUUUUAUUUUAUAGUAAACUUUUCUUCAAUUUUUUCACACCGUAAAAACAGAUACUCCCUACCGCUCCCCGCCACAAAUCACCGGCUGCAGCCUCCCAAGCGCCACCACAGACCCCACACCCUUCUCCCUCACUCACGCAAACCGCGAACGUUCCUUCUUUCUCGCGCGUGAAACCUCCAAAAGUAACAUAGCAUCAACACAGGUCUUAUGAAACGAGGAUACCGAGAAUCUCCUUCAAGCUCAUUUGGUCAACCUCAUUCUAAACCUAGACAUAAUUCUCAAGGUGAUGAAAAUUUCCUGGAGGAUGAAAGCACAAAGAAUUACGCUCGGAAAGUAGCUGAUCAUUAUAGUGCAAGGUCCAACCAGACCCUGGAAGAACGAGAAGCUAGUCCAAUAAUUCAUUUGAAGAAACUUAAUAAUUGGAUUAAGAGUGUCUUAAUUCAACUCUAUGCUUGCCGAGGAGAUGCAGUACUUGACCUUGCCUGUGGCAAGGGUGGUGAUCUUAUCAAAUGGGACAAGGCCAAAAUUGGAUAUUAUGUUGGUAUUGACAUUGCUGAAGGUUCAAUCAAAGAUUGCCGUACCCGUUACAAUGGUGAUGCCGACCAUCAUCAGCGACGUAAGAAGUUUACAUUUCCUGCUCGCCUCUUAUGUGGAGAUUGUUAUGAGGUUCGCUUGGACAAAGUUCUUGCGGAAGAUGCUCCUUUUGAUAUCUGUAGUUGUCAGUUUGCGUUGCAUUACUCCUGGUCUACAGAGGCACGUGCUCGGCAAGCAUUAGCUAAUGUGUCAGCUUUACUUCGUCCAGGAGGCGUUUUCAUCGGAACUAUGCCAGAUGCCAAUGUGAUUACCAAGAAGCUUAGAGAAGCUGAAGGGUUGACCUUUGGUAAUAGUGUCUACUCGGUUUGGUUUGACGAAGAAUUUUCUGAUAAAAAAUUUAAAUCAUCCCAUCCCUUUGGAAUUAAGUACACGUUCCAUUUGGAGGAUGCUGUUGAUUGUCCUGAAUGGAUUGUCCCCUUUCACGUAUUCAAGUCAUUAGCUGAAGAGUAUGAUUUUGAGCUUGUUUUCGCAAAGAACUCGCAUGAAUUUGUCCACGAGUAUAUGAAACGAACCGAAUUUGUGGACCUCAUGCAAAGACUUGGUGCGUUGGGGGAUGGCAACCAAGAUCAAGGGACACUAUCGGCUGAUGAAUGGGAAGCAGCGUAUUUAUACAUGUCAUUUGUAUUGAGAAAGCGAGGUCAACCUGACAAAAACCGAGUGAGUGGCAGAAAAGAUCGAGGAUUGAUGCAUAUUACAGAGGAAGACAUAACAUAUAUCGGCAAUGACUUUUGAAGGCUAAAAAUAAAAAAAUAAACCAAAUACUUGGUUUUCUUAGAAGGUUAUCGAACUAAAUAGCCUGCAUUGCCAAUUUGUAUGAGCCAGGACCAUUCAUCUCACGAUCUUGUUGUUUAGCAAAAUUUUGUUGAAUUUUUUAGGUUGGUAAUUAGCAAUUAAAGUAAAUUUUCUGCCAUAGAACUUGUUGUGUUAAAUAAGACAGUGUAAUUUACAAACACAUACUAAUGCCAAGGGAAUGUCUUAUUUGCAUUUUAUUACAAA